UCACUUUUGUUUUCUUCAAACUGUCGUACAUGAUAUUAAGUAGACCUACACUGUUGCAGGACUGCAAUGUAGUAUGAGUUUCGUAAAAGAUAGCCAUAGUAAAAAUCGUGUUAGUAAUAAGAAUGUAUUGCCAUUUUAAAAAAUCGAGUGAAGAAGACGAGCACCUGGAAAGAACAAGGGGAAGAAUAGGGAAAGCUGAAACCCAUGUUGUUAAUGAAAUAAUGGCAAAUGACCAGUCGCACAGUGAACGGAGGCAUGGCCAUGCAAGCCAGAGUGCAUGGAACCUCAGUAACCCAGAGGACUACAGCUGGCUGGAUUCUAAGUCAGAGGGCGUCGGCCCACAGAGAGUAGCGCCCUCUGCUGGUCCCCCCACACGUUCUACAGCAUCUGUUUCUCCUAGUGCAUGGAACCUCAGUAACCCAGAGGACUACAGCUGGCUGGAUUCUAAGUCAGAGGGCGUCGGCCCACAGAGAGUAGCGCCCUCUGCUGGUCCCCCCACACGUUCUACAGCAUCUGUUUCUCCUAGUGCAUGGAACCUCAGUUACUCAAAGGACUUAAUCAGGCUGUUUUUUAAGUCAGAGAGUGUCGGCCCACAGAGAGUAGCGCCCUCUGCUGGUCCCCCCACAUGUUCUACAGCAUCUGUUUCUCCUAUUAAACCAGCAGGUUUGGAAUUAUUUUAUAAGUGGAUUAUGGACGAGGUAACUGAAGAGGCUGCAAAAGUAUUUGAAAGUGCAAACAUUGAUGAAGCACAGUUUCUUACUUUAACAAGAGAAGAUGUGAACGAACUGAUGCCAGGGCUGUCUAAUUUUCAAACGAGAAAAAAAAUAAUGAAUCUCAUCAUGGAAAAGAAUGUGAAGAGUUCAGGAAGCAAUAUGUGUGUACAUUCUGGAAAAGUACAACAACUGCUUCUUGGAAAUGAAGAUUUGAGGAAAGAUCCGCUUGUUUCUGGGAGUGCUGUGAAAAACGUUUAUCGGAUUCUCACGGAUAUGGAAGCAGAUUUUCAGAAAUGUUUAGGCGUACUUCAGCAGCAGAUUCAAGUUGUUGCAGAGUUGUCCCAUCAAACGAAGAGGGAAGAGAUGAAUGAUUUAAAACAAGAUAAAUGCAUUCAAACAGAUCUCCCUGCUAAUAUCCUAGAUGAACACAAGGACCAUGAAGGGUUUCCUGCACAGCCUAAUCACCCUCCCAUGCAAGUUCUCAAAAUCGAAACCCUCAUUACUGGGAAGACCUUUGGGGCAGAGAUUACAUUCCUGGACAAACUUUCUCAGAAUCUCAGGAGCAUGGGAAUAGACCUUCAGAAGCAAGCCUGUGAAUAUAAUUCUGAUAAGGUGCUUUUACUCUUUUGUCCUGUUAUCUCUCGGAUUGGCACUGAUAUUGAUGCAGUUAUCCAGAACAUUUCACCUUAUAAAAAGGUAAUCCUGGUGGUCAUGCACCACUCUCGCAAAAAAGUAUUAUCUGAGAGCAGCAGAUUGGUCAACAAGAGCAACGUGCUUGAAACAGUGGACUGCCUCUACUAUGAAACUGAUGGAUUCUAUCAUUGUGAUGCAAAUACAAAGGCAAUAACAUCUGUCUCCUCGGCUUUACUAAGGUACCAGAAGACUACGUAGGACCUACAUACUAAUCAUCUGAACUCCUGCACAUCUGAAAUGAAAGCACAUUAUGCUAAUACGUGGUCCAGUGCUGAUUACUUAUGUCAGUAUGACAAUAUAUUACAUUUUAAUUUUCUAAAUGGAAUUGUUAUGUAAGAAGAAACACAAAUCUUGAUUAGUGAUCACGGAUUCUGAGAUAUGGACUUUUUGCCUUCAAAACUGUCAUAAAAAUAUAACAUGUGUGCAGGAGCAUUGUCAAGGACGUUGUCAUGCAGUUGGUGACAGUAGUAAAUAACAGCAACAGUUGUAUGUUGAGAAUUGUAGGUAUGAAAAACCAGUACCUAAUGUCAAGUAGCUUGAGAGGACAGAAAUGCAAUGGAAUGCAUAAUCAAAUAAAGAUUAACCAUGUAAUAGAAAUUGUGUGCCCCUAUCCUUCUUUCAAGAAUGUGCUCUCCAGUAAGCCGUACUCUUCUGUAUUUAGGCAAGCUGCUUUUUAUAUACUUGUGAUAUGACAAGUGUUCAUGCAAAUUUUUGUUCUUCUGUCCUUGAAAUGUACAUAAUGAUAUAAGUUGACCAUGGUUCUGUGGGUAAACAGCAUACAGU